UUUGUUAGAGAAGAAAAACAACCAUGAAGAAAAAGUUACAGCCUGAGGAUGACAGAGAACUUGAAAUUCUCAAGGCUGUGGCACAAGCUUGGUACAGCCACUCCAGCGGCUCUAGGCCCACGUCCGAAUUUGAUGCUCACUGGAGAAAUUUCAGAGGCAGAUUACCGUCUCGGUUCAAGCUCGAAGCGAUGAGAAAGUCUACAUCAGCUAGUAAUCAGGCUAGUGGUUAUGCAGCAUGGGACUUUGGGCAGUCACUAUGGGAUGCUUAUGAGAUUGUGGCUGUGUCCAAAAGGUUAGAGACUGGGUUAUUCGUUGAUGAAAAUCCAUUCAAUAAGCUGGAUAGUCCGACCCGAGUCAUUAGGAGGCGUAGGGAGAGCAAGCACAGCCUCAGAAGUUUGUUUGAUAAAAUGUCUUCAAGGAGAUUUAAUGAGGCUGAUGUCCCACCUGAUAAUGAUACUUAAUUCUGGUCCUUCUGUGAGGUUCUUGUCUCUUUUUUUCUUGGCAGGAUUUUCGUUCUUGUUAAUGUGAAUUGCAGCUCAAGCUUACCUUACCAUCGCAAUUUUCUUCUAAUAUAGCAAACAGGGGAAUGGGGUGGGGAGAGCUUAUACUUGGGUCAUUGUGCCUGUAACUUUUUACACCAGAAGUACAUUAAUAAAAGAAGAGUCUGAAUGGACCUUUUUUUUUUGUGUGUGUGUGUGUUUGUUUGUUUGUGUUGUUAUGUGCCAGUGUACCUAUGCUUAAGAAUAAUCCUCUUUUGCCUUUUUCCGAAUUCCUCCAUCUAUUCUUUAUGGCUUCUUAUCUAUGUUUUGUGUUUUGAUGCUGCUGGUGGU